CUCACUUUACAUUGAAAAGCACUGUAAAAAAGGCUAUCGUAUUUGUAAUUUGUAGUUAUACAAAAAUGUACUGGUGAAAAAAUAAAGAAAAUAAGCCCCACAAGAGCUUAAACUAAUACAUUUGGUGAAAAUUAAUAUCAGAUGAUUUAAAAGUUCUAUACAUUAGCAAACACUUUCCCCAGCAAUAGGAACAGUACAAAGCAAUUGGGAAUAGUUUGCGUUUGUUGCGGCCAUAUUUGUGAGCUCCGAAUUUAGCUUGAGAGUUUGCUUCAAGGGGAGUGCAUCUAGUAGAAUCCUUCAUUGUACAAUCUGCGCAUGCCAAGCGGUCUAAUUUUGUUGGAUCGAAAGACUUUACGGUGUUAAGGAGUUAAAAGACUCUGGUUGCAGUAUAGUGGAAGUGGCGUUUUUAUUAUAUUAAGGCACCCAGGGCAAGCACCGCCGCUUUUCAUUUGUUGCAAGCAUAAACGAUCCUAAAGAAAUGGAUGAACAAGAGGAAGUUCAACAAAAUAUGAUAUCAAAUUUACCACUAUUGUUUGCUAAUGGCUAUCCAACAUCUUUGGAAAAAAUAACAGAGUCACAACUUGAAAAAUUCAUACCAUUUAUGGUACGAUGUUCGCUUGGUCACAUAAACUUUCAGGAAAAAACAGACUGCAGCGAACCGGAGUGGUGGCCUGAAGAUUUUCCAUUCACCAUACCAUUUACGAAGCCGAAAAAAUUUACUGGCAAUUGGGCGCAAAAAAUGAAGGAAAUAAUCAUAAUAUGCUAUCAAUUUCAUAGAAGCGUUUUUCUGCUUCGCUUCUGCAACGAUUUAGCUGCAUAUGAGCAUGCGAGUCUACGCUUUAUAAACAACUAUAAUUCGACAACGUCGCUCUUUGAACGACGUAGCAACAAAUUGUUGGUGACAUUUAGAAAUGAAAAUAUGUCAUACGAUCAACCGCAACGCAGUCGAAAAUGUUUAAUGCGACAGAAGUCAAAAAGUGGCAAUCAAGAGCGAUCGGAUGCCGAACAAAUAAUGGUCGAACCAGCACCAUUCGAUAUUUAUUUAUGCGACAAUUGCGAUGCUGAACUGUAUUCAAAAGAAGCUAUUUCGGAACAUGAAAAGACUUGUAAUGUGGAGGACGACGAUGACGAUGUCAUUUUAUGUGAUACACCUGAACCUAGCGAAAACACUGUGCAGUCCACAGAUUCUAAACGAAAUACAGAGGACAAUGAGCUACGUAAUGGAUUCCUACUUAAUUUUAACCUGCAAUGCCGUGACGAUAACAAAAAUGGUAAAGUUCCAAGCAAGAAUGAAGCGUUAGGUGCGUCGAAGGAAACUAAAGACGAGAAAAGCGGAUUCAUGAUUAUUGAUAAGAACAAGCGUAUGCCACGACGAAAUCGUGCUGUACAUUCGUUAGCACGUUGUGCCACAAUACCGUUGUCAUCGCCUGCUGGACAACUGCUAUUGCGUACUACCAAAACUGCCAUGACACCAGAAUAUUUAUCGGAGCGACUUGAUCGCGUGGAACGUUUCUGUUUUGCGCCCUUACUCUCAAAAUCUCAAACGAAACCGAAAUAUUUUGAGAAAAAGCAAACAUUCACCAAUACACAUUGUACAUUUAAAAAGCCACAAGACUAUAGUUCGCAUGUCUACGUUUUUCCGCGUCGGCAAUUCUCACAACGAAGACGUACUGAAAGUUUUCUAUUCUUAAAUUCUUCACUAAUAAGACGCUGCCGUCCAAUUUCGGUGCGGCUAAAAAAAAUCACCGAUAACGAAGUGAAAACUCGACGCUCAUUACCAAAUACAAAAUUAAAUAUUAAACUAACACGUGAUGCUACACGACGUUCCAAUUGGAAAAUCUCCUCACCAUCAACCGAAAUCAUUGUGGACACAAUUGAUUUGUGUUCAUCGGAUGAGGAAGAAUGUCGUAUAAGGAGUAGCGGCAAUUGUAGUAGUAGUAGUGAUAUUAAGAAAACACAUGUUCUACAGAGAUAUAGCGAACCUGGCCCUAGCAUUGAAAUAGCACGACAAACGCUAGCAACAUUCACCAGCAAUAAUAUCACCACUAAAACCGCCGCGAAAAGUGCACUAACAAUUACCAGUGGCAAUGGUAAAAAGUUAAGUCUCAAAGAAAUUUCAUUAUUUCCCAUACGCAAAUCGACGCGUACAAAUGGACCGGCUAAAGGACCAGAUAAGCCGCCAAUACGCGCUACAGCAAUUGCCAGCACACGUUUAUCUUUGACACACACCUCAAAUCUAGCUGUGAAUAGUUCCUCGGCAGCCGCCGCAACCCAAGCGCUAACUGCACCGGCCAUCAGCGAUGAGAGUAAAAAAUCUUCCAAUAUCGACAUAAAUGCACUACUAAAUCCAAUACCUACUGCAAUAUUCGCCACAUCAACGGAUAAUAGUAUUUCAUUACCAAAACCAUUACAACCGUCAGUUUAUAUAUUUUCAAAUUAUUCCGCUAACGCAUUGACCUCAACAGUGCCAACAACAAAUAAUGAUAUUACAACAACGAACGCUGGUAAUACAUUUAGAAACCAAAAUCAGGAAAAUCAUGCACAAAAUGGCACCACCACAGCUGCGGGACUUGUUGUCAAACAUCAAAUAACUAAUAAUAGUGCAACACCAACACUAACACCCGACUGGUAUCCGGAAUUGAAUGCGUUAGCGACAAGUACCAAUACAAAUUUAAGCAAUACGAAACAAACACACCUGGCGGAACGCGAACGUGCGCGUAGCCUGUCUUUAGUAUCGCCAAGUCGUGUUAUAUCAAUUGAUCUGACCUCUUAAUUUUGUAUGCUAAUAAGUAACUUUUUAUUGCUAUUAUUACAAUAAUUAAUAUGAUUACUAUAAAUUUAUACAAAAGCUAGUUUAAAUUUAUCUAUC